AUGUCCUCGGAUGCUUUCCAAGGCUGGAUAGAAGCACAAUUAAGCGUGAUAAGGGAUGAACUCAAAACCUACAACGAGCAGAAACAAAAAACGCCCGACCUCACAAAACUGUCGUAUCAAGACUUUGUCCAUAUCCGGGACGCUCUUCUAUUGUUUGAGUCUAGCCUCACACAAGCGGUCGAUGCUAUUAAGUCCACCAUCUCGGAGUGGCAACAAUUUAUCGAAAAACAGCGCUCAGCCGAACAAAAAACACUAUUGGAGAAUCAAAAGCUCUACUUCGAAAAAAGCCAAGUUUUUGCAACGAUCCAAACCACGCUACCUGUCCUGGCGGAAAUAAAACGUGCCAAGCUCAAGGUUUCGCAGCAACUGGCUGCCUUUGAAAGUUCAUCAGAAGAAGAUGCGAAAAGCACGGCCUCGAGCAAGCCCAACAGCCAGGCUAGCCAGGCCGCGCCUGUCCCGGCUCCUUUGUCCAGCGCUAGCAACUCCACACCGUUGCCUCCUGGAUCACUUCCUGGCAGCCAAGCGUCAUCGAGGCCCAGCACACCGAUCGCAGCUACACGUCCUGGUACCCCUCCACCAAGUGCCACAACUGCGCCGACGACUGCACCAACAGCUGCUGUUGCGACUUCGCUUCCCACUCAAAUAACGAUCGUUCAACAUGACCCAGUCCGAGCCACUGAACUCCCAAAAUUCGAUGGCUCCUUCCAAAAUUGGCCGACCUACAAAGAGGCUAUCGAACACCUCAUCGAGCCCGCCUCCAUUUCACCGGCGAGGAAAUUUGCUUUGAUCCGACAAUCUGUGAGCGGCACGGCUCUAUCGAUGAUCCAAGAUCUACCCCUUACGGACGCUUCCUAUCAACUUGCAGUCGAAUCUUUGAAGAAAGCUUACGAGCUCCCCGGUAGACUAGCGGAUGAGCUCCGCCACAGCCUUGUCAACCUGAAACUGGAACACGAACCUGGCCUCGCCGCCAAGCCGUCCGACUCCUUCAUUCUAUUGAACCGAUUGCAGGGACUUCAUCUUCGUCUGCAAAGCUACGACACCACCGUCUCGAGUGAGAUUUAUGCCCAGCUAAUCCGCGAAAAGUUCUCCAAGAAAUUCCAAGCCCGAGUCUUCAAAGACAAGACGCAGGCGAGCGUCCCUGGAACCCUUGCCUCGCUGCGUUCUGCCAUCCAAGAAGAGAUGAAUCUCGACGCGGCCAUGAAUCAAUCCCGUCCAGCCCUGCCAAGCUCGGAAAACAACUACCACAUUGUUCACGGUCACAACCGUCGGCAGCCGUUUGCCCAGCCACCCCGACAGGCUCCAGUCAUUCAGCCCAACACCGCGAACCCGGCCCAUCGCGGGCAGCAACCGCGUUUUGGACGCCAGACCCCUGCGGCGAUCUGCAUCUUUCAUCCGAAUCAACACUCUCACACUACGAGAGAUUGUCAGCUUGCCCCGGACGCCAAGCUCCAAUUCGUCAUCAACAAUCAACGAUGCUUUAAUUGUUUAAGCCCGUCUCAUGUCAAAGCCAACUGCCCCUCCCGACGACGGUGCCUUACCUGCAACCGGAGACAUCACACAACGCUCCACAAUGCGCGUUCUCAAGCGAACCCGCCCAAUCAGAACCGAACCCCAAACAAGGAACCGUUUAGCAGGGCUGCAAAAUGGACUCCUCAAAAGGUCCGCUCGGAUAGGGCAUCCGUCUCCGGUAAUCAGAUUUUGCAACGGCUUGAAAUUGUCUUGUGGAAAACUUCGAUCCGAGUUGCGCCUUGGGCUGCUUCG